UUAUAAAAAUUCUGGUUAGAAACAGUAUCAAGGUCAAUGGUACUUGGCGUACAAAUUUAUCAUACGUAAAUUUAUUACAAAUAAAUGUAAAAUUUAGUUUUUAAAAACAUAUUGUUAAGAUGGACUCUAAAUCCUAUUUUGAUCUGUCAAGUGGUUACAAAAUUCCGGUGGUGGGUUUAGGGACAUCAAAAUGUAAAGUAGAGGAACUGGAACAAGCCUUAAAUGCAGCUCUAGAAAUAGGCUACAGGCACAUAGAUACAGCCUCUGUGUAUAAUAAUGAAAACACAAUAGGCACUGUUUUAAAGCAAUGGUUGGAUUCCGGUAAAGUUAAAAGAGAACAAUUGUUUGUAGCUACAAAAUUAGCUUUCUUUAACCACAGUUUGAAUGGGAUUGAAGAAAAUGUAUUAAGAUCUUUGGAAAAAUUGAAACUUGAUUAUGUCGAUUUGUAUUUAAUACAUUUUCCUGUAAAUAUUGAAAAAAAGGAAGGACAUGGAGAAGUUUGGAAAACAUUGGAAACCGAUCAUAUUGCCAUGUGGAAAGAUCUUGAAGAACAAGUUGAUAAAGGCAGAAUCAAAUCACUUGGUGUAUCAAAUUUCAAUCAAAAACAAAUACAAAAAAUAUUAGACUCAAACCCAAAGCAUAAGAUAACAAAUCUACAAGUAGAGCUACACGUUUUCCUUCAACAACCGGAACUUGUUGAAUUUUGCCAUAAAAACAAUAUAACAAUAACUGCAUUUGGUCCUUUAGGAUCUCCAGGAUACAACGAACAUUUAUUAAAAGUUGGAGAAAAAGCGAUAAAUAUUCCCCAUAUCCUAAGCAACGAGAUAGUAAGGAAAAUUUCAGAGAAACAUAGUAAAACCCCAGCACAAGUUGUAUUAAGAUUUUUGCUUCAAAAUGAUGUUAUUGUUAUUCCCAAAAGUGUUAAACCUGAACGUUUAAGGGAGAAUUUUGAUUUGUUUGGUUUUGUUUUGGAAGAAAGUGAUAUGAUGGAAUUAAGGCGGUUGGAUAUGGGAGAAAAGGGAAGAAUAUUUAACUUUAGCAUGAUUAAAGGACUUUCAUCACAUCCAGAGUGGCCAUUUGGUACAGAUAUUUAUACCAUUUAAAUGUAUUGAUAUAAAGAUUUUUAAUCAUAAAAUACAUUGUAUAUAAAAUAUGUUUUUUGUUUUAGACCCUUUAAACUUUCUAUUUUCAUCUCGGAAAAGGAAACUCAACAUUUUUCUCCAAACUAAAACAAAAAUUUAUAUAUUUAUGCCACUUUUUAAGGACACCUUGUAUAUAUUAGGGUGUGCCAAAAAAACUCGAUAUUUUUUUUUUCUUGCUCUCCACCCAAAAUAUCGUAAAAUAUGUCCGAACAAAUAUUCUGUUAAAAGCGGAGCUCAUAAUUUCAAUUUUAAGAGGUCCCUCAUCGAAUCUGAAGUUUUGCCGCUUAAAUAACACAGAAAACUGACUUUUUUACCUUAUUUAUUCUUGCAACCUAGGAAGAUUUUUUUUUUUUCGUAAAAUCCAUGAC